AGCAACGAUAAUUACAGCUCCCUUCGCUGUAAAAGAAGAUUUCGAAUUUUAUCGUUUACUCUCCAUCACGUUCCGUCCUUUUUUCGGGUGAAUCUUCUUCUUUGUUUCUUGUUCGUCGUUUCUCCCUCUCUCUAUUACCCGCAAUAACCCGCUUAAAAUAUCAUCCAUUCCUCCUUCUUCUUCACCGUACCGGCAGAUCCAAUACCUCGCGGGACGAUUUCCGGACGCCGGAGUUUUUCAAUAGAGCCCAGUCAAAGGUAAACAUCUACUUCUGUGCUCAAUUGGACUAAGUUGUGCACGUGGAAAUCAAUUAGCUGAUCUCACUUCCCAAAUCAAUUUAGCUUCUUAGGGUUUUCUGUUCCCGUUCAUUAUUCAAUUGCAAUUCACAUAGUCUCCCUUUCAAUUUGCUACUGUCGUUAGGAUUGUUUUUGUUAUGUUGUCUUCGAACUACUGUUUCGUAUAAGAUUGAUGUGAUCGGAUUCGGAUUGAGUUCGUUCGGGUUUAUGUGUUUUACUUCCGCUUUUUCCCAGCUUAAUGUGCUGAAAAUAAUUUAUUCAUGUGGAUCUUUGCAUAUUUCUGCCCCGUUUGUGUUUUUAGUGCGGUCGGAGUAGAUAUUUGCUUGUCUGACUGCGGAUCUGUAUGCUUUUCUGGGUUGAACUUGAAUUGUUUCCGGUGUUAAAUUAGGGAAAGAUGAAGAUGGUGCUGGCGUUAGUGAUGGGGAUGCUGGUUGUUUCUCAGCUUGCGUUGGCCCUUACUUCUCCCACAGCCCCUGCCUUCCUAUGGUCACCCCAUCAAGACGGUGUGAGCAACAGUGAGGCAGAAGUUGUUGACUACAGAACCCUCCAGUCAAAGGAUUUGGCUAAAUCGGUGAUGUCUGAAGGUGGUUGGUCAAGCUUAUUGUGCUCAGGAAAGCAAACCCAGGAAACUUUGGAUUUUGCUCUUCUUUUUGUUGGGAAAGAGCUACAAACUGCUGACAUCUCUACAAACAAAAAGUUGGCUGACCCUUCUCUUGUUGAUCUGCUCAAGGCUUCUGUUUGGAACUCCAAAUUUUCUUUGGCCUUUCCGUAUGUCGCAGCAUCAGGGGAGAAGAACGCAAUUGAAACCUCUUUGGUCUCAGAGUUUGAGAAUGGCUGUGGUAACAAUUUAGGUAUCAAUGACGUCGCUGUCAUGCAAUCGUGCUCUUUAAAUGGUGAUAGGUUUCAAACUCUUGCAGAUGUGCCUGCAGUUCGGGAUUACCUUGCUAAAAAGAUGGAGAAAAAGACCACUGGACCAGGGAAUCUAAUCGUUAUCUGUAAUGGAGGCUCCCAGUCAGAAUCUGAUCUGCCAGCUUCUGAAGCCCAACUUUUAUCUGAGGUCAUUGGCUCUGUGGAACGCUUGGAUGCUAAGUAUUCAGUUCUAUAUGUGUCUGAUCCAAGUGUCUCUGUUAAUCACCAUUCGUUCGAGCAUGUAAAAAGAUUUCUUGCGGAAACCAAUGUAUCUACCAACUCAACCUGUGAUGGAGUUUGCCAAAUCAAGUCAUCGCUAUUGGAGGGGCUCUUUGUGGCUAUCGUUUUGCUCAUAAUCUUGAUAUCAGGCCUUUGUUGUAUGGCGGGAAUCGAUACUCCCACCAGAUUUGAGACUCCCCAAGAUUCUUAAAUUUGGUUUCCUUUUCGAGUGAAACGCUGAUUGAUAGCAAAAGCUGCACUCCAUUUUAGAAUGGCUGUAUUUUUGUUUACUUUAAAGGAAGGUGAUACCGCUUUGCCUGUAUAUCAUGGAGCUACAGGAUCAAUAAUUUCAAUGUAUCAUUUUUGUUUCUUUUUUGUAUUUUAAUAUCAAUAUUAUGAAAGCUUUUCUGUAUUUUGGUGCAAAUUUGCACUUGAUGCCUAAAUAAGAUAUGUAUAUCCUUUUUACCUUAUUAAAGCAGAAUACAGGAUGUUGAUAUGGCAACUUUUUAUUAAAAAUUUUUGCCUCCA